GGGUGAAAUGUCACAAGGGUAAGUUGUCACAAAAGCUCCACAGACAUAAUUUGAUGUCCAAUUAAAAAUGCGAAACUAUAUUUAAGAUCCUUACCCAAAUAUAUUAAACAAGUGACAAAAGGAAGUUACUAUCAUUUCCUGUUCCUGAUCUGCAAGACCACAUUGUUUUGGCUCACUUCAAAAGUGGAUUUCAAUUUUUUCGAAAUUUUAUCAUGAGAAAUUAUAAGCGCAUCACAACACGAGGAGACUACUGCAGAGAAGCCAUGUCAUUAGCUGUUGAUGCUGUAAUCCUGCAAGGGUUGUCAUUGCGGAAAGCUGCCGCUCAACACAAUGUCAACUAUAAAACUUUAAGUCGCUAUGUGAGUAGCAAAAAGAAAAAUGGCAGCCUAGAUGAGCAAAGUUUUGGCUACAAACAUGCACAUUUAAUCUUCUCAAAUGAACUAGAAAAACAAUUGGUAGAUUAUUUAAUCUCUGCUUCAAAAAUUUUUCAUGGCCUUAAUAUAUCAGAGUUGAGAGAAUUAGCUUUCCAACUUGCAGAGACUAAUAAACUUAAAAUGCCAAAAAUGUGGACAGAACAUCGUCAAGCUGGAGCUGACUGGGCCUCUGCUUUUAUGAAGAGACAUAAGGAAGAAAUUUCAAUGCGCACACCAGAACCAACAUCUCUUCAGCGAAUGUCUUCUUUUAACAAGCACAAUGUGAGCCUUUUUUAUGACAAUCUUGAAAAGGUGAUGGAAAAAGGGUUCGCCUGUGAGCGAAUUUGGAAUGUUGAUGAAACAGGAAUAACUACUGUUCAAAAACCAGCAAAGCAAAUUGCACAAAAAGGGGACAAAAGAGUUGGUGCCAUUGUAGCCCAAGAGCGUGGAACAUUGGUUACUGUUUGUUGUUCCAUAAGUGCUAGCGGAAACCACAUUCCACCAUUUCUUGUGUUUCCAAGGGUGAAUGUCCAAGACCAUUGGAGAUUAACAUUACCACCUAGCUCAGUUGUGGAAGGUCAUCCAAAAGCCAGUGGUUGGAUGACUCAGGAAAAUUUUACUUCUUUUCUGAAACACUUUGCAAACCAUACUAGACCAACUUCGGAGUCUCCCGUUUUGCUCCUACUAGACAAUCAUAAGUCACACAUCUCGGCCGAAGCUAUCAACUUCUGCAAACAAAAUCACAUUACAUUGCUAAGCUUCCCACCUCACUGUUCGCAUGAGCUUCAGCCACUUGACAAAUGUGUCUUUGGGCCUUUCAAAACAUUUUGCAAUCAGGCCUCUGAUAGAUGGUAUCAUGACGCUUCCAAUGCAGGAAAGCUAAUGACAAUUCAUACCAUACCAUCUAUUGUAAACUAUGGCUUUAUUAAUGCCUUUAAUCAAAAAAACAUUCUAUCUGCCUUUCGUUCAACAGGUAUAUAUCCAUUUGAUCGAAAUGCCAUUUCAGAGGACAGGUACCUUCCGUCUUUUACCACAGAUAGACCUAUUCCUGAAAAUUGUGCCAACAAACCGGGCGGUGACUCUGUCAAUCACCAAAGCACCUCAGUUGAGCUGUCCAAUUGCUCAGACCCACCCAUCCAAGCCAGUAAUGCAAAUGUCUCCCCCUUUGCCAUCAGACCAUUUGGUAAGGCAGCACCUCGCAAAACAGCAAAAAGGAAGACAAUGUCUUCAACAAUUUACACUCAAUCUCCAUUAAAAAAAAAAAAGGAAUCGACUUCCAAAAAAAGAAACAUAAUGACUGCAGAUAGUGAUACAGAUGAAACGGAAUCUCAGUUUUCUGUUGACGAUGAAACUGAUAACAAUCCAUCUGAGACGGAAGAGGAAGAAACCUCGAGUAUACAACUUGGGCAGGUUUCUAAUAUUUGUCUAAAUGACUAUGUGCUAGUUGCUUUUAUCAAAAAGAAAAAUGUAAAAUAUCUGGUAGGCUUAGUAACAAAAGAAGAGGAUGAAGAUGGAGACAUUGAAGUCUCAUUUCUAUGACGAAGCACCAAAAUGGAAAGAAAAUUUAUAACACCUGUGGUACCUGACAUUGGAACUGUUCCAAAACAGGACAUUCAUGCCAUUCUUCCACCACCAACAGGCAAAGGUACCACUGCCAGAACAAAGUCAGGCCUAAUUUUUGAUUUUGAUUUUGAUCACAUAAAGCUAUGGUGAUCUUUGUGAUAUUUAUUUGUUUGUGACAUCUUACCCCAUGCUAUGUGUCAACUUACCCUGGUGUGGGGCAUGUUGUCACAACCUUGACCCAACCACUUUGAGUACGCAUAUCUCUGCUAAAUAAAGAAUUUAACUUUA